AUGCCCAUUGAUGAUGCAACUCUUGCUAAGGAGAACACAGAUGGACUAGAGAAAGCAAUUAAUGUAGAGACUCAAGUCCGGAAAGUUGAUAAUGCUGAUGAGGUUGGCGCAAAUAAGGGGAAAGAGAAGAUUAUGGAUCCUCUCCCUAUUGUGCCUAAGUUGCCUUUCCCUUACCGGAUGCAGAAAACCAAGGUCGAUCAACAACUUGGUAAGUUCUUGGCAAUGGUCAAGAAUCUUGAGGUAACGGUCCCUUUUACUGAUUUAAUAUCUCAAGUUCCUGUUUAUGCAAAAUUUUUGAAAGAGAUGAUCACUAAGAAAAGGGAUUAUGGUCGUGUGGAGAGAGUCGCUCUAACUGAAGAGUGUAGUGCCAUAUUGCAAAAUAAGUCUCCACCCAAACUUAAGGAUCCGGGUAGUAUUUCCAUCCCCUGUCAUGUAGGUGCAUUAUUCAUUGAUAAAGCAUUGUAUGAUUUAGGUGCAAGUAUGUCUGUCAUGCCCCUUUCUGUCUGUAAUAGGUUGAAUAUGGGAAAACUAAAGUGCACAAAAAUCACGUUGCAAAUGGCAGAUCAUUCUAUAAAGUAUCCCUUGGGUAUUUUGGAGGAUGUUCCUGUCCGGGUGGGGAAAUUCUACAUUCCUGUUGAUUUUGUAGUGCUAGAUAUGGAGGAGGAUAGUCAAAUUCCCAUAAUUUUGGGUAGGCUAUUUUUAUGUACUGCAGGUGCUGUUAUUGAUGUUAAGUCUAGGUCUCUUACUUUGAGUGUUGGUGAUGAUACUGUUACUUUUAAUCUAACCAAUACUGUGAAGUCUCCUAUGCUUGAGAAUACUUGUUGCAGGAUUGAUAUUGUAAAAGAGAUUUCUCUAGACAAUAUUCCUAGAAUGUUGUAUGAUGAUCUAUUGCUGGCGACUCUCACCUUGGAAGCCCAGAAAGGAGAAGGAGAUUGUGAGAUUGAUUCCUUGAUCUCGGAUCUAGAUGGAAGUGAAGCUGAGAAGGUCGACGGUUUUGAGGUAUUGGAAACUGUUUUCUCUAUUUCCGAGCCACAGGUAACGAAGGUAGAACUAAAACCAUUACCUUCUCACCUUAAAUAUGCAUUUCUUGAUGAUAAUGAGGAUUUUCCUGUGAUCGUUAAUGCUGCACUCGACGAUAGCCAGCUUUCUAAGCUUCUGACCGUGCUCCGUAUGCACAAAAAGGCAAUCGGGUAUAGCAUUGACGAUCUCAAGGGAAUUAGUCCUGACUUUUGUAUGCAUAGAAUUAACUUGGAAGCAGAUCACCGCCCUCGCAUACAGCCACAAUGUCGUUUGAAUCUUAAUAUGCAAGAUGUGGUGAGAAAAGAGGUAGUGAAACUACUUGACGCGGGCAUCAUCUAUCCCAUUUCAGAUUCUAAAUGGGUGAGUCCGGUGCAAGUCGUUCCCAAGAAGGGGGAGACAACUGUUGUUAAGAAUGAUAAGGAUGAGCUUAUCCCCACUCAUGUUGUUACAGACGACCAGGAGAAGACGACGUUCACUUAUCCUUAUGGAACUUUUGCAUACCGCAGAAUGCCGUUUGGUUUGUGCAACGCCCCUGCUACGUUUCAAAGGUGUAUGAUGGCCAUUUUUUCUGACUUCAUCGAGGAUAUCAUGGAGUGCCACUUUAUGGUCAAUGAAGGAGUGGUACUUGGUCAUCUUAUUUCUGAGCGUGGCAUCCAAGUUGACCGAGCAAAGAUUGAGGUGAUUGAGAAACUUCCCCCUCCCGUGAAUGUCAAGGGAGUGAGGAGUUUUCUUGGUCAUGCGGGUUUCUAUCGCCGUUUCAUAAAAGAUUUUUCUAAAAUUGCGAAACCCCUUACUCAAUUAUUGCUCAAGGAUGCCACAUUUGAGUUCACUGAUGCUUGUUUGGAGUCUUUCGACAGGAUUAAGAGAGCAUUGAUAACUGCUCCAAUCAUUCAGCCCCCGGAUUGGGAUUUGCCGUUCGAAAUUAUGUGUGAUGCGAGUGAUUAUGCUAUUGGAGCAGUGCUUGGUUACAGAAAGAAUAAGGUGUUGCAUGCAAUCUAUUAUGCAAGCAAAACCUUGGAUGGAGCUCAGAUGAAUUAUGCUACUACUGAGAAAGAGCUCCUUGCGGUUGUUUAUGCUCUUGACAAAUUUUGGACGUACCUUGUUGGUUCGAAAGUCAUUAUACACACUGAUCAUGCCGCUUUGAAGUAUCUGUUGGCCAAGAAAGAGGCCAAACCGAGACUUAUUCGAUGGAUUCUUCUUCUCCGGGAGUUUGAUUUGGAGAUUCGGGAUAAGAAGGGUGCUGAGAAUGUUGUUGCAGAUCAUCUCUCUCGGUUGAAAUUUCAAUCUAGCACAGAUGGGCCUAUCAAUGAUUCGUUUCCUGACGAUCAUCUAUUCUCUGUGUCUACUCAAUCCCCAUGGUAUGCGGACUUUGCAAACUAUUGUGUUGGUGGCUCCCAUCCUCCAGAAUUGACAUAUCAACAACGUAAGAGAUUCUACCAUGAUGCUAAGCGGUAUUUUUGGGAUGAUCCACAUUUGUACCGGAAGUGUGCCGAUGGUAUGUUUCGUAGGUGUGUAGCGGAUUGGGAUACCCACGGGGUUCUUAAGCAUUGCCACAGUGUACCUUCUAGUGGUCAUCUUGGUGCUAUUCCGACCUCCCAUCGAACUCUUCAAAGUGGUUUCUAUUAG